CGACGUCGCCGUCGCUGUCGACGGCCCAAUAAAAACCCACACAGCAGCAGCAGCAGCAGCAAUAAUAGUAUCAAAAAAGUGGAGCAAAUAAUUUCAGUUACCAGGCUAAACGUGCAGCGCAACACGCGUGAACAGCUCCAAAAAGUGCAAGUGCAGGCCGCCAAAGACGCACACGCACAUACACCCACCUAUCCAAGCAUAUAUACAUACGCUCAUAUACACUUACAUCCAUACACAUAUAUAUAAACGACAGAGCGCAAUGUCACGACCACGUCCGCGCCUCACACCCAUUGGCAUUCCGCGUGAGCCGGAACCGGCAUUCGUGCCACCUCGUAAUCUGGACUCCCGGGCAACCAUACAAAUUGGCGAACAAACAUUUGACAUCGAUGCGGACAGCUUGGAGAAGAUUUGCGAUUUGGGCCGCGGUGCCUACGGCAUCGUGGAGAAGAUGCGACACAGGCAGACGGGCACAGUGCUGGCCGUCAAGCGCAUCCCAAUGACAGUGAACUUUCGUGAACAGCAACGUCUGAUCAUGGAUCUGGAUAUUUCGAUGCGAUCCAGCGAUUGCCCCUAUACGGUCCAUUUCUAUGGAGCCAUGUAUCGCGAGGGCGACGUCUGGAUAUGCAUGGAGGUGAUGAACACCAGCUUGGACAAAUUCUAUCCGAAGGUCUUCAAAAACCAGCUGACCAUGGAGGAGACGGUGCUGGGCAAAAUCGCGAUGAGCGUGGUUAGCGCCUUGCAUUAUCUGCAUGCCCAGCUGCAGGUCAUCCAUCGCGAUGUGAAGCCAUCAAAUAUAUUGAUCAAUCGAAGCGGCCAGGUGAAAAUAUGCGAUUUCGGCAUCUCAGGCUAUCUGGUCGAUUCGGUGGCAAAGACUAUAGAUGCUGGUUGCAAGCCAUAUAUGGCACCGGAACGUAUCGAUCCGCAAGGUAAUCCAGCCCAAUACGAUAUACGUUCCGAUGUCUGGUCGCUGGGCAUAAGCAUGAUCGAAAUGGCAACCGGGCAAUAUCCCUAUAACAAAUGGCGAACGCCCUUCGAACAGCUGCGUCAGGUAGUUGAGGAUGAUCCGCCACGACUGCCAGCUGACAAAUUCUCCACAGAGUUUGAGGACUUCAUAGCGACCUGCUUGAAAAAGGAUUAUACGGCGAGGCCCAAUUACGAGCAGCUGCUGCGGCAUAGCUUUAUUGUGGAGCAUUUACAGCGCAACACGGAUAUCUCGGAGUUUGUGGCCAGAAUAUUGGAUCUGCCCGAUGAACAGGCGUCGCAGUAGAGCGGCUGCAGUAGAAGCUGAAUUAGGAGUAGAUCGCGCGGAGUCAAUCAAGGAUCAACAUGUCUUCUCUACUCAAUGUGAAACUAUUCAGAAACAAAUUGUAAAUUGCCGCCGUCUUCUACAUGCAUUUUGUGUGUCUGUGUGUGUUUGUGUGAGUGUGCAUGUGUGCAUGAGUGUCAAUUUCUCUCUCUCUCUCACUAUGUGUGCAAGUCUCUCUGCAUACAUGAGUUGUAAUCUUCUAUAUAUCUCUCUCUUUCUCUCUGACUAUGUUUGUGUGUGUGUGUGUAUUUUUUCCUUUUCCUAUAUCUCGUUUACUUCCUCCUUUUCUAUCUGUGUGCGUGUUUGUGUGUGACUGUAUGUGUAGCAAGACACUUGCAAAUCUUAUUAGCUUAAGUACAAAACAAAUGAAAUCAAUUAUAAGGCACACACAUACACCCACACACACA